AUGGCCCUCAAACUUAUCUUUUCUGUUAUUUCUCUAGUGUUGUUAAUAACAAUACUGGUAGUGGAAGGGAUCGCUGUGGCCCAAAAGACUCAAGAUGGGCAAAAUAUUGGAAUCAAGCACAUUCCUGCCACCCAGUGUGGCAUUUGGGUCCGAACCAGCAAUGGAGGCCAUUUUGCUUCACCAAAUUAUCCUGAUUCAUAUCCACCAAACAAGGAGUGUAUCUACAUUUUGGAAGCUGCUCCACGUCAAAGAAUAGAGUUGACCUUUGAUGAACAUUAUUACAUAGAACCAUCAUUUGAAUGUCGGUUUGAUCACUUGGAAGUUCGAGAUGGGCCAUUUGGUUUCUCUCCUCUUAUAGAUCGUUACUGUGGUGUGAAAAGCCCUCCAUUAAUUAGAUCAACAGGGAGAUUCAUGUGGAUUAAGUUUAGUUCUGAUGAAGAGCUUGAAGGACUGGGAUUUCGAGCAAAAUACUCAUUUAUUCCAGAUCCAGACUUUACUUACCUAGGAGGUAUUUUAAAUCCCAUUCCAGAUUGCCAGUUUGAGCUCUCAGGAGCUGAUGGAAUAGUACGUUCUAGUCAGGUAGAACAAGAAGAGAAAACGAAACCUGGCCAAGCAGUUGAUUGCAUAUGGACAAUUAAAGCCACUCCAAAAGCUAAGAUUUAUUUGAGGUUCCUAGAUUAUCAAAUGGAGCACUCAAAUGAAUGCAAGAGAAACUUCGUUGCUGUCUAUGAUGGAAGCAGUUCUAUUGAAAAUCUGAAGGCCAAGUUCUGCAGCACUGUGGCUAAUGAUGUAAUGCUUAAAACAGGAGUUGGAGUGAUACGAAUGUGGGCAGAUGAAGGUAGUCGGCUUAGCCGAUUUAGAAUGCUCUUUACUUCCUUUGUGGAGCCUCCCUGCACAGGCAGCACUUUCUUUUGCCAUAGCAACAUGUGCAUCAAUAAUUCUUUAGUCUGUAACGGUGUUCAAAAUUGUGCAUUCCCCUGGGAUGAAAAUCACUGUAAAGAAAAGAAAAAAGCAGGACUAUUUGAACAAAUCACUAAAACUCAUGGGACAAUUAUUGGCAUUACAUCAGGGAUUGUCUUGGUCCUUCUCAUUAUUUCUAUUUUAGUACAAGUGAAGCAGCCACGGAAAAAGGUCAUGGCUUGCAAAACUGCUUUUAAUAAAACUGGGUUCCAAGAAGUGUUUGAUCCUCCUCAUUAUGAACUGUUUUCACUAAGGGACAAAGAGAUUUCAGCAGACCUGGCAGACUUGUCAGAAGAAUUGGACAACUACCAGAAGAUGCGGCGCUCCCCCACCGCCUCCCGGUGUGUUCAUGACCACCACUGUGGAUCGCAGGCAUCCAGUGUCAAGCAGAGCAGGACCAACCUCAGUUCCAUGGAACUUCCUUUCCGAAAUGAUUUUGCACAACCACAGCCAAUGAAAACAUUUAAUAGCACCUUCAAGAAAAGUAGCUAUACUUUCAAACAGGCACAUGAGUGCCCUGAACAGGCCCUAGAGGACAGAGUAAUGGAGGAGAUUCCCUGUGAAAUUUAUGUCAGAGGGCGAGACGAUUCUGCACAAGCAUCCAUAUCCAUCGACUUUUAAUCUCUUAAAGGUGACACUCAGUAUUAAGUGUGUAUGUAUGCAGCCUGCUUUUUUCAGCAGCCAACACUUUCCUCCUGUCAAAACUAGGAAGACCUUUAUUUACCAUUAACCUAUUAUAAUGGUGAUGUUUUUAUUAUCUCAGGCAGUCUAUGUAUUCAACCAAUCAAGGAACUUAACAAUAUUCAGUGGAACAACAAUGAUCAUCUAUUGCUUGGUGUUGUGUAAAGAAAACACUACCAGUUCAAUAGCGUUUGAAGAGAGUUGGUGGUGUGCAGCUGGCUUGGACAGCCUGAUAGUUUAGCAACAGGAAUACUGCUCUUGACUGAUAGAGUUCUGUCAAUAUUUUAAUCCCACAAUAAACUUAAAAAUAAGACUUUUCAUUCCUUUUAUUUUUCUUUUCUGUAAAUUUAAUUUGUUUUAUAAGCCUAUCGUCUCACCACUUCCAUUUCAUACAUAAAUAUAAAUGAUUAAUGAACCACAUAUUUCAAUGUAGGCAUUUGUUCUUGAAUUUGCCAAAAUAUAGUUAGUUACCGUGCCAAUUAAGACCCAGUUAUGCUUCAUCCAUUUUUUCUUGACUAAUUUCUAUACUUCUGCCUUUCAUUAUAGUAUCUUUAGUCCUUAUUUUCUGUGAAAAGUGGUAAAUGGUGUGAUUUAUCACCUUUAAAUCAUUUUAUCUUUGUUACUUUAUACUCGAAAAUUUCAUAAUCCUGGGAUAUAUGCAUCAUUGCCAGUUAAGACUAAAAUUUUGAGAAAGAUAAUAAUUUCUAGCAAGCUUUUGAAAUUUCCCAGGUUUGUUCACAUUCAAUGACAGCCCAUUCAUAUUAGUAAAGAGUCAUUUAGUUCACUUUGGAAGAGGCCUGUGGUUAUGUUUAUUUGCAGUGUUUCUCAUCACUAGAUUAUUUCCUAUUAUUUGUGUAAAAAGAUUACUUAGCUCCCUUUGUAUCGGUUUAUUUUAAUGGCAUAUGGUAGCCAAGGUUGUAUGAAAGUUAAAGAGAAAUACCCAAUAAACUGUAUAAGCCUUUAGAUUGCUUCUUACUUGGGACAGUACAUUUUUCUAGCUAUUAUUAAAAAUAACAACUUUCACUUUUUUUAAAACUGCACUUUUGACCUUAUUUUUUUUAUGGCAUACAAAACAGUAAUUUAUAAACAUAGUAUAAAAAGUCAUUGUUUUUUUAGACUUUUUAUAUUAUUUCAUACUGUACAAACUUUAUUAAAUCAAAAUUAAAGACCUACAUGACAGAUUUCUUUCAGUGUUCACAUUAGCAGCUUUGUCUACAGAUAUGCUAUGGUGGAACUGUGCACUAUAACUUACUGUAAAGACCUUGGUGAUGUGUGCAUAAGCUUUUUCUUUUGUUACUGUAUUUAGUUUGUGAUAAAUUUUUCACUGUGUGAUAUUUAUUGCUCUAAAUUACUCACAGAUCCUAUAUUAAAAUAUACAUUGUACAUGAUCCUUCAAUCUUGUUAUUUAUAGCACUGAGAUUUUGGACCUUUUAAGAUAUGUGUAGAAAGGAAUUCAUUUAUCAAAUUGUAAUGAAUACAAACAUGCCAUUUAAAAGGUAAAUUCUCGUUUUCUAUAUUUUUGUAGUAAAUUCUCAAAGAAAUAAGUUGAAGUUUCAUUGGAUUUCAUUAACUUUUAAAUAUUACCUAGAUAUAUUCUCUCAAAUUAGUGAAAAUUGUGACUUUAAAUAUGAUACACAUUUAAUACUGCCUCAAAAUAUUUCUUACAUCAGAUUAUUUUUUAAAAAGUGAAUAAUGUUCAGGAGGUAGGAAAGCCUACACAUAGUAUAUUCAUGAUUUAAUUUUUUUAAGUCAGCAUAAUUUCUUGUUUUAAAAAUACAACUUAGGUAAAAAGACUUAGAGAAUUUCAUAUUCCAUGGACUAAUACCAGAGACAGUUAAAUUCUUUCAGUAGCAUUUUAGUAGGUAGCUUAUGCCAGACAGCUUUUGAACAGCAUAAUAAAUAUCUAACAGUAACUAUGAUCUCAUUCUUCAUGAUGAUAAAAAGGAAAUUAGUAUAUAUUCUAUGUGAAAUUAUAUCCAUUAUAAAUAUAGUUGUUAAAACCAUCUUUUAGUAGGAAAUAAUCCAGUAUUCUGAACUAUAUAUAAUCUGUAGUCACUUAUAGCUAUAUUUUUAUUUUUGAAAUUUGUUUUCUGUUUUCUUCUAAAAGUUCUUAAAGAGGCCUACAAAAUACAGAGCAUUUAGAGAAGACAUAUAAGAGUAAAACCGCACAGACAUACACAGUUUCAUGCAAUUCAACUUUACAAGUAAAACUUGGACAAUAAAUUUGUUUCUAAACUUUCUGGCUGCUAAAACAAAAGCAACAGUUUUUGCUUUUCACAGUGGAUAACAUUUAUCUGCAAAGGCUAGUUUUCUCUUGAAAUAAAGCAUGAAAGUCUUUAUAGAAACAACGUUUCUUAAUUUAAAAAUGCUACAAAAUGCAGAGAGGUCAUAAUGGUAAAUCUUAAUCCAGUGAAGGGACAACUUAGUGUAGUCUGGGAAUAUUGUUUUCUAGCCAAUAUUUUCUAUUUAGUUCUAUUUUCAGAAAAAGAACGAAGUGAUCAAUAGCCAAGCCAACCUAAGACGGCCAUAUGUUAUACGCCAUUAUUAAACUGUACAUGGGUAUUAUAUCUCAUUUGUUCCUUAGUCAAACAUUUUGUCUCUACUUGGAACUAGUAAAUUUUAGGCAUUAUUAACAGAAUAAUGCUAAUUGCUGUAUAUACAGUCUUUAAUCUUUGAGAUUAGUGGGAAAACGUUACAAAUUGUUUACUAAAGUGAAAGCCAUAAAUUUUAGUGACAGAAGACAUGAAAUUUAGCCAUCUUGUGUACGUUAUUACACAGUUAAUACUGUGUUAGAGUACCCUACAGAGUACCCCAGUGUUAAACACAUCUUCUAGCAGGAAAUGCAAGUCUGGAGGGGGUAAAUGUCUUCAAUUCAGAGACAGCAUUAAGUCCAACUCGAUAAUAUUGUCAUUAUCUUCCAACCCCAAUUCAACACUAGAUAGCAACCCCCCCAAGUGCCCACAAAUUAAUUGCAGGAAACCAACUAAUGCCAACAUCUAGAGUUUAUAGAAAUAAAGUGUGCUAUUCCUUUUGUGUGGGAGAGAAAUACUCAAGCUAAAGGUUUAGCAAAAAGCAAAAGAUUUUCACAUUUCACGUCACAAAAGAGAUUUAAAAGUCUCCAUUAGCAGCUCUUACGUCAGUGUUUUUGUCAUGUUUCAUAUAAUUUUUAGGCAUUAAAAGAACCUCCUAAAUGUCUGCCUCAGAACAUUUUUAUAGUUCUGCUAUUGUCUGAUGAGAAGGAUGCUUCCUUGUUUCAGGGGUGUGUAAACUGAUGAGACAGAAUGGGAAAAGCCUGGUUGUGAUUCCAGGAAUAAUUUUCAAUCAAAGGAGAUUAUGCUUUUAUUGCAAAAUGGUGUCUGUUAUAUUGUUCAUGUUACUUUAUUGCAAGUACUGAAAAUAAUAUGCUUUGACUCACACUGAUUAGACUCAGAAAAAAAAGUGAGUUUUUUGUUGUUUUUAAAGAUCCAAGAACGAUUAUCUGGUCCAGCAUCAUUAAUGAGAUGACUAAAGCUCACCUAUGUGAAGUGAGUACCAUGUCUCAGAACUUCAGAUUUAAUGCUCUUUCCUUGUUUUUGCUAACUCCCUGCUUUUGCCAACUCUUAAGUUUUAAAAGUCGAGAAGUUCUAAAUGGCUGUUAGCUUGUCAAUCAUUCUGAAUUAAAAUGUAACUUAUUCUAUAAUCAUUUUUUCAAAGCAUUAUAUUUUACCUUUUUUUUCCUUUAUAUAUGUAACACUGUGUUAUACAAUUUCCUUGCCAUGAUUCCUUGGCACCUGCAAAGUCUACAAGACAAUUACUGUGAAUUCUUAAUAAACAAUGUUUGUUAAUGUAUAUAGGCUUGGUACUAGACAGAGCUUCAGUGUUUUUGCUAUUGUGAUCCUUUUUUAGAUCUAAGGAAACAAUGUAUACUCUAGAAAUUAAACAUUUGUGUGCUAUA